CCGCGCCUUCGCCCCGCCCCGCGCCGCGCCGCGCACAGCCGGGGCUCGGGGCUCGCGACUGUCGACGCGCGACGGCCCGGCGGACUGAGCGACAGGCGGCUGGACGUGAGGAGCGCCCCGCGGGCCUCACAGCAGAGGAGGUGGUUCAACUCAAGGCAGCCCUUGAGCCGGCUGUGGGAGCAUGGCGCGGCCCCGGGAGCCUGUGGCAGCCUGGCUGGCCGUGGUCUUGGCCGUGGCCCUGGCCCUGGGCCCGAGGGCUGGCGCGGCGGCCCCGAGGCAGGACUGCACGGGCGUCGAGUGCCCGCCGCUGGAGAACUGCAUCGAGGAGGCGCUGGAGCCGGGCGCCUGCUGCGCGGUGUGCGUACAGCGGGGCUGCGCAUGCGAGGGCUACCAGUACUACGACUGCCUGCAGGGCGGCUUCGUGCGCGGCCGUGUGCCCGCCGGCCAGUCCUACUUCGUGGACUUCGGCAGCACCGAGUGCUCCUGCCCACCGGGCGGUGGCAAGAUUAGCUGCCAGUUCAUGCUGUGCCCGGAGCUGCCCCCCAACUGCAUCGAAGCUGUGGUGGCGGCCGACAGCUGCCCGCAGUGUGGCCAGGUGGGCUGCGUCCAUGCUGGACGCAAGUAUGCCGCCGGCCACACUGUCCACCUGCCGCCCUGCCGGGCCUGCCACUGUCCUGACACAGGGGGCGAGCUCAUCUGCUACCAGCUCCCUGGCUGCCGUGGGGAUGCCGGAGACGUGCUUGCGGCUGCCACGGGAAACUUCUCCGACACGGAGGAGGGGGACCCCGAGCGACACUAUGAAGACCCCUACAGCUACGACCAGGAGGUGGUCGAGGCAGAAGCUGCAGCAGCCCUGGCGGGCGAGCUCCAGGCAGGUGCUGGGGGUCCGGCUGCUCUGGGAGGUGGCAGUCAGCCAUCCUCUGCCCUCCAGGCCACCCCCUGGCCAGCCGCCCUCCCUAGGCCCACGGCGGCUGCUGCCCUGGGUCCUCCGGCCCCCAUGCAAGCCAGGAGAGUGACAGAGGACAGCCAUGGCGAAGGGCCAGAGAAGACCGAGGAAUUGGUCAUCAGGGAGCAGCCAGCAGCAGGUGGCCCCAGGGGGCUGGAUGAACCACCCAUUCCAGGCCCAACUGGGCCUGGUCUUCCUGUCCAAGAGAACAAGGCAGAGGCGAGGGCAGGGCCUGAAGAGAACUUAAUCCCGGAAGCCCAGGCCACCCUUGACAGUGCUGGGCAGGAGGGAGCUGUGCCUGUUCUGGGGUCAAGCACGGCCAGUGUCCCCCCAUCACAGGGCACACUGAACUCUCCUGGGGGCACGACGAAGUCCAGCAUCCACACCAUGCUGACCCUGUCUCCCCAAGAGGCAGCCUGGGUCCCACCCACAGAGGAAGUGCCCAAGCAGCCACCGGUUCUGCCCCAUUCUCAGCCAGAGGAGGACACAGAUCCCAACUCUGUUCAUUCUAUCUCCAGAGGUGACCAUGAAGUGUCCACAAAGGAUCUGAUUGAGACAUGCUGUGCCGCUGGACAGCAGUGGGCCAUCGACAAUGACGAGUGCCUGGAAAUCCCCGAGAGUGGCGCGGAGGGUGAUGCCUGCAGGAUAGCCCAGAAGCACUGCUGCGUGUCCUACUUGAAGGAGAAGAGCUGCAUGGCUGGCGUCAUGGGGGCCAAGGAGGGCGAGGCCUGUGGGGUUGAGGACAAUGACACGUGUGCUGUCUCCUUGUACAAGCAAUGCUGUGACUGCUGUGGCCUAGGACUCCGUGUGCGGGCCGAGGGCCACUCAUGUGAGUCUAACCCCAACCUGGGCUACCCCUGCAACCACGUCAUGCUCUCCUGCUGUGAAGGGGAAGACCCCCUCAUUGUGCCCGAGGUGCGCCGGCCCCCAGAGCCCGAAGCCGUUCCACGGAGAGUUGCAGAAGCAGAGCUGGCGAGCCGGGAGGCCCUGUCCCUGGGCACGGAGACUGAGCUGCCCAACAGCCUGCCUGGCGAUGACCAGGAUGAGUGCCUGCUCCUCCCAGGGGAGCUGUGCCAGCAUCUCUGCAUCAAUACCGUGGGUUCCUACCACUGUGCCUGCUUUCCUGGCUUCUCACUGCAGGACGACGGCCGCACCUGUCGCCCAGACGGUGACCCCCCAAAGCCAGAGGCUGCAGAGGAGUCUGCACCGAAACCAGAUUCCUCCCAAUUGGCCUCCAACACCAUCCUGCUACCAGUGCCACAACCCAACACCUGCAAAGACAACGGACCCUGUAAGCAGGUGUGCAGCGUCAUUGGGGACACAGCCAUGUGCUCCUGCUUUCCUGGCUAUGCCAUCAUGGCGGAUGGUGUGUCCUGUGAAGACCAAGACGAGUGCCUGAUGGGCACUCAUGAUUGUAGCCUGCGACAGUUCUGUGUGAACACCUUGGGAUCCUUCUACUGUGUCAGCCACACGGUGCUCUGUGCCGAGGGCUUUAUCCUCAACAUGCACAGGAAAUGCGUGGACAUCAACGAGUGUGUGGCGGACCUGCACACGUGCAGCCGGGGCGAGCACUGCGUGAACACCGUAGGUUCCUUCCGCUGCUACAAGGCUCUCACCUGUGAGCCUGGCUACGCCCUCCAGGAUGGAGAGUGCGAAGAUGUGGACGAGUGUGAGCUGGGCACGCACAACUGCCAGGCGGGCUUCACGUGCCAGAAUACCAAGGGCUCAUUCUACUGCCAGGCACGCCAGCGCUGCAUGGAGGGCUUCCUGCAGGACCCUGAGGGCAACUGCGUGGACAUCAACGAGUGCACGUCACUGGCUGAGCCGUGUAGGCCGGGCUUCAGCUGCAUCAACACUGUGGGCUCCUACACGUGCCAGAGGAACCCGCUGCUCUGUGGGCGCGGCUACCACGCCAACCAGGAUGGGACCAAGUGUGUGGAUGUGAAUGAGUGUGAGACGGGUGUGCACCAGUGUGGCGAGGGCCAGGUGUGCCACAACCUCCCUGGCUCCUACCGCUGUGACUGCAAAGCUGGCUUCCAGCGGGACGCCUUUGGCCGGGCCUGCGUCGACGUGAACGAGUGCUGGACCUCGCCGGGCCGCCUGUGCCAGCACACGUGUGAGAACACACCGGGCUCCUACCGCUGUUCCUGUGCCACUGGCUUCGUGCUGGCUGCGGAUGGCAAGCGCUGUGAAGAUGUGAAUGAGUGUGAGGCCCAGCGCUGCAGCCAGGAGUGCACCAACAUCUAUGGCUCCUACCAGUGCUACUGUCGCCAAGGCUACCAGCUGGCAGAGGACGGGCACACCUGCACAGACAUUGAUGAGUGUGCUCAGGGCGCUGGCAUCCUCUGCACCUUCCGCUGCGUCAACGUGCCAGGGAGCUACCAGUGUGCGUGCCCAGAGCGGGGCUACACCAUGACAGCCAAUGGGAGGUCCUGCAAGGACCUAGACGAGUGUGCGCUGGGCACUCACAACUGCUCUGAGGCCGAGACCUGCCAUAACAUCCGGGGUGGCUUCCGCUGCCUGCGCUUCGACUGCCCUCCGAACUACGUCCGUGUCUCCGAAACGAAGUGUGAGCGCACCACGUGCCACGACUUCAUGGAGUGUCAGAACUCACCGGCACGCAUCACCUACUACCAGCUGAACUUCCAGACGGGCCUCCUGGUGCCAGCACACAUCUUCCGCAUCAGCCCGGUGCCCGUCUUCGCGGGUGACACCAUCUCCCUGACCAUCACCAAGGGCAACGAGGAGGGCUACUUUGGCACACGGCCUCUCAACGCCUUCACAGGCGUGGUGUACCUGCAGCGGUUGGUACGCGAGCCCCGGGACUUCGCCCUGGACGUGGAGAUGAAGCUCUGGCGACAGGGCUCCGUUACCACCUUCCUGGCCAAGAUGCACAUCUUCUUCACCACCUUCGCACUGUGAGGCGCCCACGCCUGCCUGAGCACCCUGCUGGGGCCGCGGAACCCUGGGAUCCUUCCUCGGUGACCCUGGCGGCAACCUCUGUGCCACCCACCAGCGUACACCGUUCUGCGGUUGCUGAACGCUGCAUAUGUGGGGCCAGGUUAUGGUGGCGGUUUUUACUAUAUAACUCUGUAAAUUAACUUAAUUUUGCUGACCCGAUUCCUCCUGGAUUCCUGGGCUUCCCCCAUGUCCCGCCCUGCGGGAGGGAGCUUGGCCACAGGAAGCGUGCCUAAACUUGGAGGGCAGUUCAAGGUCAUGGUAGGUGCUCCGUGGGUGGAGUCAGAGGGCCCAAGACUGGAAACACAGCGACCCCAUUGGGGUGUUUGGACUUAACUCAGUGACCUGACCCCAGAGCUGAUACUCCACUUCAUAUUCCACUGUGAUUAGUUCCUUACUUUUUUCUUUUUUAAAUCAUUUUAAGUGUUUUUGUUUAAUUAUAAAAGUAGUAUGCACAUAUUGCAAAAAAUAUAUUCAAAUAGUACCAAAGGAUUAUAAAGUAAAAAAUGAAAAGAGA